CACUGCCGGAUUGCUGGGUACCACUGCCUGGGAGCUGCUCUGCGGGGCUUUUCCCCCCAGAGAAAAGGACACAGCAACACUGCCAGGCCACCGGCCACCCAGUCUGGGACCACCAGCAAAGGCAGCUGGGAAGCACCAGGGAUCGCUCAGGGCACCUGUAAGUCGAGCUGAGUGAAGGUAAAGACAAUGGAUAAGGGAGAGAAAAACAAUGCCAGUGAGGAAAAAGCUCACAUUCCCAUGGAAAAUGGGAGAAGCAGUACAGAGAAAUAUCUUCCAGAACAGAAGAAAAAUGAGAAAGAAGCCAAGUACGUAAUAAAAAAUAUCCAGUGGGGUCCAUGUGACAGCUUCACAGUGCAGAAAGGAUGGCAGCAGAUUGAAGAAUACAUUUCUACAUGGGAGAUUCACGAAAGCUGGCUUCACUGGUCAGAAUUUCUCCAGGAAGAAGAACUGAAGUACAGCAAGAGAUACCAUUACAGAGCUUGCUUCAGCAUCCCAACACGCAGAAAACCCAUCCCACGAGCAACAGCAAGUGUCUACUUCAUUAUAGAGAUCUCCAAAAUCAAACCUGCUACUUUGCCCGUGGAGGUAUUCUUCACUCUGGAGUCCAGCAGGCUGAUUCACAGGCCAGGACAGUGUCGGUUUAGAGAAAAGUGGCUUAAGGACAUUAUCGAAAACAAAAUAAUCCUCGUGGAAAGACUUACUUCCCAAUGAAGAUCUCCAAUUCACCAUCACAAAUGCUCUGUUGGUAUUUUGCGGAGAAUAUAUAAACACAAUGAAGAAAGAAUGGCUCUUCCUUAUCAGCAUUUCUACUUUGUGGAUGCACAGAAAAAAACAUUACAACUGUGCAAAAAUCAACUAUAGCCUGACCUGGUAGCUGGCUUUGCAUGAUGGUUCCUUGCAGGUAUGGGUGGGUAUGGCAGGACAGAAAGAGGUUCCAGAGUGUAAACGGGAAGAAGCAGCUAAGCUGGACUUGCUGUUUGCGAACACCAGGUCUGCAGAACUCCAGGGCAAACAUUAUAGGACUUUUAGUUUCUUUAUAUACAAACAUACAAGACAUUUCUGCUGCCGAAACUACAACACAGAGAUUUAGGGGAACAAAAAGCCCUCUAGAAAAUACUUUGUUUUUAAAAGCACGUGAGAAAAAGAAAGCUAAGGGGUUAUAUUUGGAAAUAUGCAGUUGAAUCAAAGGUCACCACCACAGGAGCACUACCCCAAGUAGGCCUCUGAACAGAGAGUUCAAAGAAAGCCAUGUAUUAAUAAUAACUGCUGAAACAGACCAAAUUAAAAUACCGUAGGAGUUAAAAUAAGGUUUUAAUCUAUAACACUUCCACAGACAAAAAAAUUUCAAAUAAACUGAAAGAUAAAUCCUUGUUCCCACCUGCAUACAUCCAGGGGUUCCCAUCACUGCACUCCACUGCUCGAUACCUAUGUAUAACAUAGGAGAAAGAGAAGCAAGCAACCGAGUUCUUCACCACGGGCUUUGGUGGACUGAAGGUCAGACCCAUGUAUUACUAUUACUUUCUACCCCCGUUGCGAUCGCUUGCUUUAAAGUAACUGAAGCCCAUCUGUAGUAAAUUACAAACUCAUUUCUAUUUACAAGUCUAGUUUGAAUCGCAAAUCAAACUGAACUGUUUUGAGAAUAAAAUAAAUCUAAAAGACUUCUGAAAAAAUACCUAAGUGGACAGUCUUAGACCUUAAACAGAACUUAGGAAUUCCUUCACUUUUGCUGCUGUUACUAGCAGCUUGCUUCUGAUGGCAGUUGAGUCUCAUUAAUGAAAAUAAAUGGAAAAAUUGCACUUACAGCCGUCAGGUAACAAAGCCCUCCCACAGAAUCCUCCUGUUUGCCUGAUUCAAAGUGAGCACAGAGCAUUGCCACCUCUCAUCUCCCCUGCCUGUUCCUGCCUUGCAGCCUUUCACCUUACAGGGAUUCCUUGUAGAUGGUGAACACAACAUCCAAGAAAAUCUGACAAAAGCAAUUCUGUUUCCUUGACACACGGAAUCCAGUCCUGAGGCUUGGCUCUGUUGGGUGAAAGGCACUGCAUCGCUUGCAGCUUUUUUCAAAUCACAAGUGGAACAGGCUAGCUGCUGCUUGGUAGCAUCUAUGCUGUACAGUUCAAAUAAAGAAUUAUUUUUCCUCUU